AUGAACAGAGAUAACUUAGAAGAUAGAUAUGAAGAUAAUGAGACGAUAGAUAUAAAUACCGGUAAUACUACUGGUGGAUAUUUAGAUGAUGCAAAAGAUAUAAAUAAACUUGUUUACUCAUCCUCUGCUGAUUUCGGCAGUUUUAAUAUAAAUUUAUAUUUAAAGUUUCUUUUUGUUAAAAAAUUAGUUAUAAAGAGUGUAAUUAUUUGUUUCUUUAGCAAAAUAAUAAUUUAA